AUGGGUAGAAAAGGGCUGCGAUUGAAGAGCGCGAGUGCCGUCAACCUCGCCAUGAAGCUCACCACUGCAAUUUUGUGCUCGAUUGUCUUUGCCGCAGCGGUAAGUUCUGGAAAACGUUCUAGACUAUUAUAGUGCUAUUCCGCUUGUAGCAGCUUAGUAUCUUUCAAGCUACGUUUUGCGUUGUAACGACUUCAAAAUAACUGUUACAGUACUCCGCCGACGUCCCAGAAGGACACACAGUUGUUGCUCAAUGCAAAUGCAGCGACUUGGAUGAAUGCGCGGACACCAUCGCAGCCAAGACAAACAACUGCAAGAAGAAGUUGGUGUCUCAAAACAAAGACGGUCUAAUUACUGUUUUUCAGGGCGGAAUGCACCAAUUUCCUUAAAGAAAUCGGAGAUCCGGUCAAAAUUAUGGCUUGCUUGGAUGCUGAUCACGAGCAAAUGAUGAAGGUGGAGGCUUGUGCCAAAAAGAAGUUGAAUGGAGAGCUCGGGUGAGUAGUUGGUGACUAGGUACUUGUAAAUUACUUGCCAACGCACAAGUGUACCAGUUUCCUGAAAAAAUACAUGCUUUCAGGUGCACCAACUCCGCCACACCAGUCAACCUGACCAUCCCACUCAUCCCAGUCAUCGAAAUUCCAUCUUUGGAAGAGGCCGGAGCCGUUCCAGUCGGAGAGCAAGCUUCCGCUCAAUCCGAGCCCCCACUCCAACUGCGUCAAUACCUGAUGUGCAUCGACGAGUGCACUCAUGACGACAUGGAAGUGAUCCCAGGAAGAAAGAAGCGAAGCCCAGCUACCUGUGCCUUCAAGCUGAAGUGCGCUCUGGCCCCACCGUCUGACGCCACCCAGAACGCGUACACCGAGUGCCAGAAAGAAGUACGUAUCAUUAAUUUUUACUAAUUUUCACAUGUUUUUAUUUGUUUACAGCUCGCCUAUGACCCGACAAAAGGAGCUGCCGAUUCGUGCAAAUGUCUGAAGGCCGCCGGAGUCAACAUGACUUGCGCCAACUAA